AUGGCGAAAGACGUUCCAACAGGCCGUAGAGCGGUCUUCCUCGCCAUAUUCAUCGCGUUUGGUUUUCUGUUUGGGUAUGAUAUAGGUGUCAUUUCUGGAUGUUUGAUCAUGCCAGACUUCAUACGCCGAUUUGGCCAAGAAGGAACAGAUGGCCAGUACUAUCUGUCAAGUUCGAGACAAUCAGUCAUCGUCUCCCUCUUGUCGGCCGGCGGAGCUAUCGCUCAAGCGUUCACUGCUGACCGGUUUGGGCGCCGUGGAUCCAUUUUAUUCUGGUCGGCUAUAUUCACCGUCGGCGUGGCCAUCCAAACUGGCACGACAUACUCUGUUGUUCAGUUGGUUAUAGGUCGUUAUAUUGCAGGUUUGGGUGUCGGUUCAUUGUCUGCUAUCGUGCCCCUGUACAACGGAGAAACGGCACCGAAAGCCAUUCGCGGUACGAUCUUGGUGAUUUAUCAAGUCCAAAUCAUCUCGGGCAUAUUUUUGAGUUACCUACUUGAACUAGGAAGUCACACAAUCAACAACUCUGCGUCUUGGCGAAUCCCGAUCGGAUUGCAAAUGGUCUGGGGUAUCAUACUUUUGUCUGGAAUGUUUUUCCUUCCAGAAUCGCCCCGGCACCUUCUUGGAACUGGACGACGCGACGAAGCGCGCAAAGUCAUCGCAGAACUCAACGGAGUUUCUGAAGACAACCCUCUUGUCGCUGAAAGUGUCGAGGAACUCGAUUUCGCUAUCAGAGCAGAGAACGAGGGCGGCAAAGCGAAUUGGCUAGAAUGCUUCUCCACGAGAAAUGCACUGUGGCGUCGAACAAUCAACGGCAUGAUGCUGCAAUUUAUUCAGCAGCUAAACGGCCAGAACUUUUACUACUAUUAUGGCGACACCUUCUUUCAGAGUGCAGGUGCAGGGCGAGUCCUUAAACCCCUUUGCCUCAUACGUUUUAGCUCAUGUAUUAGCAGACUUUCACCUUAUAUCAUUCAAACGAUUCUCGGUGCGGUGUCGGUUGCUGGAACUCUCCCCGCGUUGUACUUCAUCGAGGCUUGGGGUCGCCGAAAGUCCCUUCUCCUUGGAGCAUUGCUGCAAGCUGUCUGUGCAAUAAUUGUUGCUUUUGUUGGACAUUCUACCCUUGCGCCUUCUGGAACACCGACUUCAGAGCUCACUGCUCGUAAUAGAGCUGGAGGCGACGUCGUCAUCGCAUUCGCAGUCUUACAGGUGUUCAUCUUCGGCACGACUUGGGGCCCUACUCCAUGGGUGUACCUCGGAGAGUCGUUCCCUCUCCGAGUACGUCCCAAGUCGAUUGCGCUCGGUAGUGCAACAAACUGGUUCUGGAACUUCAUGCUUUCGUUCUUCUCUCCAAGGAUUGUUGCUCGCAUUGGCCCAAUGAUAAUGUUGAUCUUCUUCGGCAUGCUCAUCUUUGGAUACAUCUACGUGUAUUUCGCUAUCCCUGAGACUAAAGGCCUGACUUUAGAAGAGGUGGACGAAUUGUACCGCUCUGGCAUUCCGCCCUGGCGAUCUGUCGGUUGGAGACCGAGCGAGAAACAUUAUCACCACGAGGUGCAUGAGAAACGAGCGUCAGACUCUGUGGAGAAGGCCUAA